GUUUGUUUGCGUAGCUAAUUAUGUUUCAUGUUAUUUUCUAAUCAUCACGUCUACUUUUUACGUAUUCUCAUGAUUCAAACAGGGUCACGGAUAUAAAAUCACGAACUUACGAUUUUCUUGAGAUAAUCUGCUUAUUACGCCCACUUAGUCAGGAAUUAAUUGCACGACAUUAAUUGUCUAGACAUUCCGUUAAUUGAGUAUUAAUGUGGGAAUCAGUUCUAAUAUUUCUACUAAAAAUCACUUCAGGAAAAUAUAAAAUCAUGUUAGUGCCAAACCACCUUACAAGGAAAAGUGAUAUGAUACAAUGUAUAGUGUUUGUGAAUAUCCAUGAUUCAUUUAUUUUAAUAAUUAAUUACGAGUUACGGUUCAUAGAAUCAAGAUGUACAAUGUUGUAGAAUAUAAAUAAUAUUGUGUGAAGUGUUGAUUCUAGUGUGAAUUCCCAAUUAAAUUAUUGUUUUUAAAUAAUUUUUCUAAUGAAUUUGUUAAUUAACAUUUCCAAAAUGAAACAGCUUGGUACAUCUGCUCAGCCAGCCAAUAGUCUUCCAAUUGUGGUUGAAAACUCAGCCGAGUCUCGCCAGGCGUCUACAACUGAGAGCUUAGAUACAAAUGUAGACAUUAGUGAAGAAAGGGAGGUAGAAAUACAAGAUGUAGUUAAAGAAGGACAUGAUAAGGCAGACCCCUCACAAUUUGAAUUGCUCAAAGUUCUUGGUGAAGGUUCCUUCGGAAAAGUAUUUUUAGUACGAAAAGUCACUGGUGCUGAUGCUGGUACUCUAUAUGCCAUGAAGGUACUUAAAAAAGCUACAUUAAAAGUAAGAGACAGAGAACGUACAAAAAUGGAGAGAAAUAUUCUAGUUGAAAUGGGCCAUCCAUUUAUUGUUAAGUUGCAUUAUGCUUUUCAAACAGCUGGAAAAUUAUAUUUAAUACUGGACUUCCUGCGUGGUGGAGAUUUGUUUUCACGACUCAGUAAAGAGGUAAUGUUUACUGAGGAGGAUGUUAAAUUUUACCUAGCUGAACUAGCAUUAGCUUUAGAACAUGUACACAAGUUGGGAAUAAUAUACAGGGAUCUGAAACCAGAAAACAUUUUAUUAGAUGCUGAUGGCCAUAUAGCACUUACAGACUUUGGGUUAUCAAAACUCCCUCCAACUAGUGAUAAAGCCUAUAGCUUCUGUGGCACUGUGGAAUACAUGGCUCCAGAGGUGGUUAACAGGAGAGGACACACAUUUGCAGCAGAUUGGUGGUCCUUCGGUGUACUUAUGUUUGAAAUGCUGACAGGUAACCUACCUUUCCAUGGCUCGACACGACAUGAAACUAUGACACAGAUAUUAAAAGCGAAACUUGGAAUGCCCUCUAACCUUAGUGAAGAGGCGCAGUCUCUUUUGAGAGCUUUAUUCAAAAGAAACCCACAGAACAGAUUGGGAGCCGGUGCUAAUGGCAUUGAAGAUAUAAAGAGUCAUGAGUUCUUUGCAAGUAUAGAUUGGGAUGCUUUGUAUAGGAAAGAGGUGGUGCCCCCAUUUAGGCCGGCAGUAUCUAGGGCCGAUGACGCAUUCUACUUUGACUCAGAGUUUACAUGUCGCACGCCCCGAGACUCACCCGGUGUUCCGGCUUCCGCGAAUGCACAUGAACUAUUCCGCGGUUUCAGUUUCGUCGCGCCUUGUUUACUCAACGAUGAUAACAAGACGGUUACGAAUCAAAAUCAAAACCAUGUUCCUACGAAUAAUAAAACGUCCACUGAAGAAUUUUGGGCUGGUUUCGUCAAUAGGAAUAAUUUCUUCGACGAAUACAGAUUAAUGGGAGAGUUAGGCACAGGAUCGUUUUCAGUCGUUCGCCUCUGUGAACACAAAACCUCAAGGGUGCAGUAUGCUGUCAAGAUUAUGGACAAAUUGCAGUAUGAUCCUCGUGAAGAAAUUGAGAUACUGUUAAGAUACAGCCAACAUCCGCACAUAAUAACUCUGCGCGGUGUCUACGAGGAGGGUGGUCGGAUCCUGGCAGUGACGGAGCUCUGUCGCGGCGGGGAACUACUCGAGCACAUCACACAACGUCGCUACUUGCCAGAACAUGAGGCUGCACCUAUAUUGAGGAAUGUCCUCCACGCUAUACACUAUCUUCAUAGACACACUGUUGUGCAUAGAGACAUAAAACCUUCGAACAUAUUGUUUGCAACUGCAGAAAAGAGGCCUGAGGACAUUCGUCUCGUAGACUUUGGUUUGGCGAAACAGUUGCGCGCUGAAAACGGCCUACUUAUGACACCAUGUUAUACUGCUAAUUUCGUUGCUCCCGAGGUGCUAAAACGUGCUGGUUAUGAUGCCGCUUGUGAUAUAUGGAGUUUAGGUGUGCUAGCGUAUAUAAUGCUGUCGGGAAGGACACCAUUUGCUUCAACUGGAGAUGAUACACCUGAAGCGAUUUUAGCGAGAAUCGAAUCUGGAAAGGUGGAACUAUCAACUGGAGUAUGGCGUCACGUAUCAGCGGAGGCGCGGGGCUGCGUACGUCGCAUGCUGCAACUAGAGCCGGCGCAGAGGCCGCGCGCCGCCGAGCUAGUCCGAGAGCCGUGGAUCACUGCACCACACCCACCGCAACCAGCCGCCCACCCGGCGCCUGAUACAGACCCACCCAGCGACCUGCGACGAGCUGUCGAUCUUACCUUCCAGGCAAUGACAGCUUCGCCACUGACACCCCAAGUUCUGGGUCCUGUGUCACAAUCAACUCUCGCGCAACGUCGUAGUAAACCACAGCGACGUUUCCCACCAACACAACUUUAAAAUAAAAAUCUUCAAUCAAGUGGUGAAUAUCAAGAAAUCAAUACUGGGUACAUUACGAAUGAUAAUGUAAGUACAUGUUAUAAAGCACAAUCAACUGCACAGGAUCGCGAUGACAGGUUUUGGGAGUCUACAAAACUUAUAAGACUCAAUUAAAUGCCAAAACCAAAUAAUUGAAUCGAAAGUAAAUAAAGUAUUAACCGUCUGCACUGUUACAUGUUUUUGUUUCGACUGCUUUUAUGACUGCUAGUAUUAUGCAGACAAACGAAUGUGAUUGUAAAAGAGUAUUUUAUUUUAUGCAUUGCAUUGUCAUCAAGGACAGCAUCAUUUAUAGUUAACGACAUUCCAUAUAAUGUCACAAUUAGUUUAGUUGGUGUUGUGUAUAACGUAAUCCUAUAUUGUUUUAUGAGCGAUAUUUUUCUAUUAGGUGUAUUAUACGAUAAAUGAUUAUUAUAUUAUUAAACGUCAAAUCAGCUGCAUUUAAAACAAUGUGCGUUAAAGAGCUUUACCGUCAUGACCAAUGAAAGUCGUCUUCCUGCAAAGUAUUUAUUGUAGAUGGCAGGUGUUACGGCUUAAUAUAAUAAAUAUUACUUGCCCACCUGUACAGCCGCGGACUAAAAAAUAUAUUAUUUAUUAAUGUCGCAGUAUGGAAUAGAGUAGUAGAUAUCUGAUCAAACAUUUUUAUCUUAUUAUUAUUAGUAAUCUUAGCCCCAACGUUUAUUCUAUGUAUGUAGUGAAUUUGUUCAUGUUCUAAAACUUAUUCGCUUUUUACAUUGCAUACAAUUUAUUUUUAUACUUCUCUGUGCCAUUUAGUUUUCAUUGCUGUAUGUGCAAUAUUAUCUUUGUAAACUUCAUUAAACGUGUUAGCUACAACUACAUAUAUUUAUUUGAUGGUGCGUCGUGUUGUAUAAGUAUUCUUCAUAAUAAUUCUUUCGAUACUCAUAGUCAUUAGUCGUCUCAAACGUAUUUUAUUUCGAUGUUGUUCUUAUAACAGAAAGUUGUUUAUAUUUUUGUAAGACAGUAUUUUUUGUAUGUCCGAUUUAAUUAUAGAAAUUAAACGAUUAUAUUUAUAAACAAAACGUAAAAAGACAGCGACUACACGUAGUACUUCCAUCUUUUUACAACCAGAGAAACUUGAAUAUUUUGUAUACUUCUUGCAAACAUGCGUGAAUAAAAAAAAAUCAAUGAUAAUAUUUGUAUGACAAUCUUAUAUUUUGUUGGUUUUAAUGUUAAUUCAUUAUCGUGUCGUCUCUAUUCAUUUUAUCAUAUCUGUAUUUCAUCACCUAACAGUUUUCUCUUGACCCCUCUUCUUUUAUUAUUUUGAACAAAACCAAUAUUAAUUUAUUUUGUAUGGGUGAUGUUAUACUCGUAAUCAUUUCAUAUCAGUAAGGCCUAACUUAAAGCAUAAUUCAUUUCAAUUACCUUCACUCUAGUUCUAGACUUUGUAGUGUCACCUAGUAUUUUAGAAUAAGUAAUUAUAUUAUUAUUAUUAUUAUAUACAAUUAUUUCAUUGUUCUUUGUGUUAAAAGAGUGUAGAUUUAAGUAUGUAGGUAAUAAUUCAUACUUUUUAACUUCAUUUUAUUGUAAUCGCCCCAAAUUAACUGUGCCAUUCCCCUAUGCUUUACUUCCUAUUUAUGGAUGACGUAAAAUCGCUUUAAAUCAUACUUAAUUGGAUAUUUUAAAAAUGUGACCUGUAUACGACCAUUCUAUUUAUAUUUUAAUGUAAUAUAAUAUGGACGUCAAUCCCAAAUCAAUUAUAAUUCCGCUGUUCUUCCAAUUUGUGAAUUUUUAUUUUAUUUUUGUAUAUCUAUUCUAAUAUGGUGGUAUGCUGACUGUCGUUCUACUUGACAUAGCAGUUUCUUUUAUUGGUUUCCUGUAGAUUGAGCAGUGAAUACCCAAUGCCAAACUAUUGAAUAAUAACUACCAAUGUAAGAUAAUUAUACUAUCUUUAUUAACAUUAUUUGCAUGUAACUAUCUACUUACGUAACUACUUAUGCAAGUAUGUGUUGUUUCCAUUCUAAGGUGGCUGUCAUCUACAUCCAUAUAUUUUUAUACAUAUUUUUAUUUUUACUACACAUAUUAAAAGAAUAUAUUAUAUAAUAUGGUGAUUGGUUAUCUACCAAAGAUUAGGAGAUUUUAUUCUUAACAUUUUAAUCUAACAUAGUAAAAAAUCUUGGAAGAACUUAGAUUGUGUAGUUUUAUCUUUAUUAUAGAUCAAUAAGAUGUAUUUAGCAUAAUAAUUGAAGUACAUUGCAACACUUAGUAGUUUAGUAUUUACCAAAAUCAGUUUGAAAUGUUUCUAACCAUUGACGUAAACAACAAUUACAUAUUUGAUUAUGAUAAAUAUUACGAUUGCUCAGUGUUGCUCGUUUUACCAAAAUUGUAUGUAAUUCUUUUACCACAGUUUUAUCAACUGAAGGAAUUGAUAUUGAAUAAAAUAUAAAUCUAAAUAAGUAUAUUUAAAUUAAGAUUUUAAGAAUUUAUAACAUAAUAUGUCCUAACAAUUUCAGCAUCUAACAUAUCUGGAUUCUACUCGAAAUGUGCAUGUAAAUUGUAAAAUGGGUGCAGUAUACAUUAUUACUAUGUGAUCUAAUAGGUAGGAAAAAAAUUUAAAAAAAUCUGACCGUUUUGUUGUCCCUGAGUCAUAGUUGCCUGAACUUUUACAGUAACUUAUAAUAGAAAAAAUGUUUAUGUUCAAGUCAAUUUCCAAUUUUGAUGAUUCCACAAAAAAAAAUUAUUGAUAUUGCAUAAAAUUUUACACAUGUUACAUUAGUAGUGUAGUUGUCAAUUUUAGAAAUAUUUAAUUUUUAUUUAUUGCCCUAAAAAUACCGUGUUUUCUACAAGGUAGAAUAAAGCCGGCAACGUUGUUUAAAGAUGACCUACAUAGUAUUAAGUCUACUCGCGUAGGACACUCGUCUGAAUUUUCGGCUCCAAAGUAGGUUUAUCUUGCUAAUACAUACUUAACUUUUUCACGAAGACAACUAUGUUUGGGAUCAGUAGUCGUUUAAUAAGAAUAUUAUAUAGUAACCAUACCUAUAUAAAUUAUCUCGCACGCCCAAAGUACUUUAUGUACAAUAUUAAAAAAUGAGAUUAAAAACCAAAACGCUAAAGUGUCCAUUUGGAUACUUUCUUACAUAAAAGUACAAACUUAAUAUAUUAGAGGUCUCACAAAAAUAUAUAUUAAGUAAUACAAUUGAAUUGUAAAAGUUAAAAUAUUGAAGUAAAUUCCAGUGAGAUAUAAAAAUGUAUUUUGUCUAACUUGAUGGAAAUUUAAAGUUGUUAAUGAGCACAUAUUUAUAUCGUGGCAGAGUUCAUAAUUAAUAUACGUAUAUUCCGAUCAUAUCGCACAAAGGAUUGGCUCUAUUAUACCUAUAUACUAUACUUAAUCGUAGUUUAUCAUGGUGCAAUGUACUGAUGUUCAGGUAUGCUUAAAAUUUGGCACUUACAAAAUAAAACUAUUUCUAAUAAUGUCAAGCACUUAAUAGAUAUUUCUUCAUAUAAGUAGUUGCCUAGCUUUGGUCAUAUAUUUUUGUGGCCAGUGAUAAGGUUCUGGUUAUCUAAUAUUAAAAUGUUCUGUUUUACCUAUUUAUAACACAUUCUGAUUGUCAAUAGGUGAAAUAGCUCGAAUUCAUUAUUUCAAGUUCGUAUUAUUCUUUUAACUAGUAAAAUCGUCUUCUAAAUUAACAUUUCGACAGUAACAGGACUUACGACCAGGUAUUUAUAUGUAUGAUCCAUAGUUUCGCCACAACUUAUUCUAUUACUUUUCUAGAAAUGAUAUCCAUAUAUUAAGUACUUAAUAUUACUAAUAUAAGAUAAUUAAACAUAAUGUAAUAGAUAAAGUAUGAAUGAUUAUUCACUUGGAACUGAGCUUGCCUGCACAUUUGUUAAUUAAUUAUAAAGAAAUAUUUUCCUAAUGGCUCAUAAUAAUAUGUUGAUGUUGAAGUGACAUAGAUAGUUUUCCAAGGACAGUUCAGAAUGUAGCAUACACAUGUUGAAAUUACUGACGCUAAUAUAGAAAUUAUCCUAACAAGACCACAAUACAAGGAAUUGAAUAAAAAAUGAGAGAAUAGUAACUUUCCAUUCGCCCCAUUAGCGUAAAGAUUUAAGUGUGGAGUUCUUGUGGUCUUGAUGUUAAUGUUAUGUCACAUCUAUUUUUCUAUCUGAAAUUAGAAAUUAAAUUUCUACAUAGUAAAUAAUGACAGCAAAUUGUUGUAUAGAAAUCACAUAGAGGUGUAAUAUAAAUAUUGUUGAUAUUGCUUA